AAGACAAAGCACGCGAUUCGAUCACGCUCGUUCCUGGGAAAGAGAAGAGCCUCCGCUCAGUCCGCUGCCGAUUUGACUACUUCUGAGUUCUGUAGUCCAGUGUGGAUGAGAUCGUCGGUUUUGUGAUAGAGCACAUGGAGUGAUUUGGUAGUAUUGGUUUCUUAGCUGCUUUCAGACUCCCAUAAUCAGGUUGCAUGUGAUUUUUUAGUUGUUGAGGAAUAUCUCGUGGAAUCAACUCAGGAAACGUUCAUUGUCUUGAGAACUCAACGAGCCAAUAUGAAUUGGCAACCAUUCCUAUUUGGAGGCCUGGCGUCUGUUACUGCGGAAUUCGGUACGUUUCCGAUAGACUUGACAAAGACGCGGUUGCAGAUCCAGGGCCAGGUGGGAGAUGCUGCGCAAGCGCGCUAUCGAGGCAUGCUGCAUGCAUUUCAAGUAAUCUUGCGUGAGGAAAGUGCCCGUGCACUCUACAAUGGAAUUGCACCAGCACUGCUGCGCCAGGCAUCGUACGGUACAAUCAAGAUUGGCAUCUACCAUAGCUUAAAAUCCAGAAUAUCACCAGGUGGCGAAAGUCUCUUUGGUAAUGUUCUUGCCGGUAUGGUUGCAGGAACAUGUGCUUCAUGUAUAGCCAACCCAACUGAUGUCCUCAAGGUGAGGAUGCAGGCACAGCGUGGUGGCUGUGUAAACUCUAAGUCACUGAUGGCGUCAUUUGGAGAGAUCUACCAUCAAGAAGGCCUUCGCGGUCUUUGGAGAGGUGUUGGCCCCACUGCACAGCGGGCCGCUGUCGUAGCCGGUGUUGAGUUAGCAAUGUAUGACUGGGUGAAAGUACAGGCCAUCAGAAGACAGUACAUGGCAGAUGAUAUUCCCCUGCACUUUACGUCAAGCUUCAUUGCCGGCUUUGCUGGUGCAAUAGCAUCCAAUCCUAUCGAUGUGGUAAAGACACGCAUGAUGAAUCAGAAGGUGGUGCCCGGUAAUGAUCAGCUGUACAAGAGUUCACUCGACUGUGCUGUUCGGACUGCGCGGAAUGAAGGAGUCAUGGCAUUGUACAAAGGAUUUGUUCCGUUGUACCUGCGCCUUGGUCCAUGGAAUAUCAUUUUCUUCAUCACGUACGAGCAGCUCAAGAAAGCCCAUGCUUCUCUCGGCGAGUGAUUUACAGCUACUCGCCAUGAAUCUCUUGUACAUAUGGAACAAAGGUGUUCAGAACUUCUGACUGAGUAUCUCAGUCUCACAUGCUUCGCACGCACACGCAGACCGCUAGUUUUAUUUAUGAUUCCAAUUUCCGGACCUUCUCGUUGAUGAGUAAGCUCUCCUCUAAUAGUGCCAUUGCAGAGUGAAGCGGUUUCUCUGCUCAUUCUGCUAUUCAUAGAACAGGUAUAGGUGCCUAUAACAGGUCUACACACGGGUUUCUUAUUGAACUCUCUCUGUUUCGGCCACAAUCAUACCCCCCCCCCCCCCCCCCUCAUGUUGAACAAACUGCUGUAUUUGAAGUUAAAUACUCGCGCGGCUGGGUGUGCCCUGCAGCGCGCACUGUCUGAGAACAAUCACCGGCAGUCACAUCCGCUGCAGCAACAAUCACCGCUCACGUAUGUGUGCGCACCGCUCUCAUUACUACGCCUUUGUAUCGCCUGGUUUGUGAUCUCACCUUGUGCUGGCACAGUGCUUUUUUUUGUCAUGCUUAGUCGUUUCUGGUCUUCGGUUGCUCUAUGCCCGGAGAAGAAAAUGUGAUGUAUUCUCUCUGCGUAGUCUCUCCUCUGUUGCUUGAAGGUACUCGUCCUAGCUGUGUAUUCUGUUCUCUGUCGGGAUAGUGUACACGCUGGUGCUGACAAUAGUUGGUAUUGCCACACCGGCACCUCAUUUCUGUUUGGGGGUCAUCAGGUAUAGUUAUGCUUGCCUACUGUUUCCACCAGGUACCAACUGUGUCUUCAAUGUCUCUGGUAGUUAAGUUGCGGCAGGAUUGUGCCACACAGUGACACACCUCUUCUCCAGUGUAGUCACUGUUAUGUUAUUUGUAGUCUUGUAUGCCACUAGUUGGCUUUAGUUUUGGAACUGAGUCCAAUGUCCAGUCUUGACUGUGUACAUGUAUGCUGGUAUAAACGGUACUUUGCCUUCA